CCUGACAUUGACAAUGUUCAACUGACUGGAGGUACUUCUGGUGAUGAAGGAUAUACAGAAACCUAUAAAUGCAGCACUGGAUAUACUAACCCCAAUGCAACAAUUCAUUGGUUUAAUGGCUCAGAAGAAGUUUUUCCACCACUGCCACCAAAUGUUGUGGAAUAUAACAUAACUGUGGGAAAUAUUAAUACAGGGAAAUAUUUCAGUUCCUCCCAAGAAUGGAAGAUUACAUUCAGUAGAUACCACAAGGGUACAGUUAUUAAGUGUGUUGUUUUCGGUACAAACAAUAGAUCUGUCACAGUUACAAAGACGAUAUCAGAUAUAUAUUACAAACCAGAGUUAGAGAUAACAGGGCACCAGUUGAUAGAUAAUGUAACAGGACACUAUAUCAUUAAUGAAGGAGAAACACUAAAUCUGACGUGUAGAUUGUUAGGAGCUAAUCCAAUGACUACAGUUGAGUUUAUAAGUGAACCUUGAUCCUCAGGAUCGACUACAGCAUCUUUGAUCAUAACAGACAUCAAAUAUUUUCACAACAACAACCGUUUUACAUGUUCAUCAUCUAAUUCUGUUGAUCAUGUUCGCAUCGAUAUAUGGCUUGAUGUUCAAUAUGGUCCACGUAUAUAUUUCGGAAGAAAGUAUGAGGUGGAAGAGGGUGAAAAUUUAACUAUUGAAUGCAUUGUGACAUCCAAUCCACCUGCCACAGUCUGGUGGGAAAAAGAGGGAGAUAACUCUACACGUUACAAUGGUAACAUGCUGGAUCUGGCAUCAGCUAGCAGAGACCAGGCUGGAACAUACAUAUGUUAUGCAGCUAGUGACAGAAAAUCUGAAAGUGGGAUAACAGAAGUUUUGUCUAAUGAGACUUUUGUAGUAGACGUUCAGUAUGGGCCAGGUUCAUCAAUAAGACUGAGUCCCAAUAUCACAUCAAUAGAACUAGAUACUGGUACCCCGGUCCUUGUAAUUAGAUGUAUUGCUGAUUGUAACCCAGAAUGUAUGUACAACUGGUUCCUAUCCUAUGGUAAUGUCCAGACAGGUUCAGAGCUCAACUUAGGCAAUGCCAAUAGGUACCAGCAUAUUGGUGAAGUUAUGUGUAAAGCUGAGAACAGUGUUUUUAUCAGAACAGAUUACACAUCUAAUAUCACAUUUGCAAUAUAUAUCAGAUAUUCCCCUAGUAUUGAGGAGGUAGAUCUAAACAGUCUGGACUGGUAUAGUGAGGGCAGUGAAAUACAAGUCACAUGUGAUGUCAAAAGUAACCCUAUGGCUAAUAUUACAUGGUACAGAAACAAUAUGGAAGUUAUCACUCCAGAUACUUACUACACCAAUGAGACAACAACAUGUCAGUAUGAUUGUUCUACUAAGGGAGUUCUGACUAUAGAACAUGCAGAGUGUUUAGAUCAUAGAAGUUAUUAUGUCUGUCGGGCUGAAAAUAUCAUGGGUCAAAUGGCAAGGCAGUCGUCACAUAAUGUUAAUAUCGAAUGUCAUCCAAGGCCAGCUUAUGAUAAUGUUUACAACUUUACAUUACAAGAAGGAGGUAUAAUUUAUUUGACUGCCACUUAUAUAUCAAUCCCUCCUCCUGAUGUCAGAUGGUACUUUAGACAUAAUCCGACCUCCAUGAACAUUACUCUAAAGGUAGAUACAUCAGGGCGUGGACAAGAAAACGUCUACUUCACAUCACAAUAUGUUAUCAAAAAUAUCCGAUCUUCAGAUUUUGGUCAAUAUUUUGCUGUUGGUAACAAUUCUGUCGGAAAUGUAGAUUCCACCAUAAUAUUCAACAUUUUUGAGGAUAUUCCUGCAGGUCGGCCUCUCAGACCAUAUGAUUUAGAAGUAAGAUGUUCAGAAAGCUCAGCAGAAUUUAGUUGGAUAUCAGCAUACAAUGGUGGCAGCAAGCAGACUUUUACUUCUUACUACUCUAGGUAUAAACCUGGUACACUAUUUAAUGAUAUUGAAGUACCAGGGGAAAUAACAGACACUGGAGAGGGGACCCGUAUUAAAGUCAAUAUACAGCCAUUAGAUACUGGGUAUCCAUUUUUCUUCACCGUCUCAGCCAGAAAUGUCAACGGUAUAACAGAGGCUGAUACCUAUGUUAAUUGUACAACUUCUGAGACAGGAUUAUUAAAAGGGCCUGAAUCAUCAAGUAAUACAGGAGUGAUUGCUGGUGCAGUAAUUGGUGCUAUUCUAUUCAUAGUAAUAGUUGCUGUUGUUGGGUUUAUUGUUGCCAAAAGAACCAAGAAACUUAAAGGGAAUGAGAAAUUUGCAGACGUUAAUUUAAGUUCUUAUAAAAGUAAAGAUUGA